GGGGCGGGCCACCGGGCGCGCUGAUGCCCAGCUAGCUGGAUGUGCUCUCUUACAGUGCAGCUGCUCAAGUCCACGGAGCUGGGGCGGCACAGCCUCCUCUACCUGAAGGAGAUCGGCCACGGCUGGUUUGGGAAGGUGUUCCUGGGGGAGGUGAACCUGGGGCUCAGCAGCACCCAGGUGGUGGUGAAGGAGCUGAAGGUGAGCGCCAGCGUGCAGGCCCAGAUGCAGUUCCUGGAGGAAGCCCAGCCGUACAGGGCUCUCCAGCACACAAACCUGCUGCAGUGCCUGGCCCAGUGCGCCGAGGUGACGCCCUACCUGCUGGUCAUGGAGUUCUGCCCGCUGGGCGACCUGAAGGGCUACCUGCGGAGCUGCCAGGUGGCCGACUCCAUGGCCCCCGACCCCCUCACGCUGCAGCGAAUGGCCUGCGAAGUGGCAUGCGGCAUCCUGCACCUGCACAAGAAUCACUAUGUGCACAGCGACCUGGCUUUGCGGAACUGCUUACUCACUGCUGACCUGACUGUCAAAGUCGGGGACUACGGCCUGGCUCACUGCAAGUACAAAGACGACUACUUCGUGACGGCCGACCAGCUGUGGGUGCCGCUGCGCUGGAUCGCGCCCGAGCUCAUCGACGAGGUGCACGGCAACCUGCUCAUAGUGGAUCAGACAAAAUCCAGCAACGUCUGGUCUCUGGGCGUGACGAUCUGGGAGCUCUUUGAGCUGGGCAACCAGCCCUACUACCGCUACUCCGACCGGCAGGUGCUCACCUACGCCAUCAAGGAGCAGCAGCUCAAAUUGCCCAAGCCCCAGCUAAAGCUGUUGCUGUCUGAGCGCUGGUACGAGGUAAUGCAGUUCUGCUGGCUGCAGCCCGAGCAGAGGCCGACGGCGGAAGAGGUGCACCUGCUUCUCUCCUACCUGUGUGCCAAGGGGGCGACGGAGGCAGAGGAGGAGUUCGAGAGGCGCUGGAACUCCAUGAAGCCCAACAGCAGCUCCAGCACCAGCCACCGCGGCACCGAGGUCUCCUCCUUCCCGCUGCUGGAGCAGUUCUCUGCCGAAGGCUUCCACUCGGACGGGGACGACGUCCUGACUGUCAUGGAGACCAGCCAGGGCCUCAACUUCGAGUACAAAUGGGAGCCCAGCAAGGCUGAGUGCUUCCAGGUGCCCACGGGGGCCCUGAGCCCCAGCAGUGCCGCCCAGUACCAGGACUUGUACUACCCCACCAGCUCCAUGGGACGGCUGAGCCUCGGCGUCUCGCCGUCCUGCUAUGAAUGCAAGCAGCAGGGCUGCCCAAACCUGCACGCGCCCAGUGUGGUGCCCAUCCUGGGCGCCCACAGCCCCUCGCUCAGCAGCGAGUACUACAUCCGCAUCGAAGGGCCCUCGGAGGGUCGCACCGAGCUGGACUACGCCAUGUGCUCCUACAGCCCCGACUGUGAGUACGGCUCCCCGGCCAAGGGGUCCCACUGGCAAGCCAAGGGGGGCCAGGACAGUGGUGCAUAUGACUCAGAUAACAGCCCCACUGUCUCCCUGACCAUGGAACCCCUGCUGGGCCACGCCCCGCCCAGCGAGGGCUCUUGGGAGCAUCCCGAUUACUACUCCUACCAAUGCCACAGCAAGGAGCCUCCGUACUACCAACCAUCCCCAGGCGAUGGCGCUGACCACUACCUGCUGGAGGAGGAGCCCUUGGAGGCCGGCAGCAAGGAGUGGCAGGUCCCCAGCUUCCAGAAGAACAUCUUUGAGGAUCCUCUGGGCAUCUCCCCAUCAGUGAACUGUGCCUACGGCCCCCCCGGCUAUGAGGAACCCCACCCAGCCCCCUUGACAGGGAGGCUGCUGGAGUGUGUGGGGCAGAAGGUGGCCAGCAGGCCUCAGGGCUCCAGGCUGGACUGCAUCACCUUGGAGCUGGGCGAGGAAAGCCCGUGCGGCAGCCCCCAGUGCGGGAGCAGAGAGUGCGCGAGCGGGCUGGUCCCGGAGGAUGUGAGCGCAGCAGUGCAGAGGCAGCACUGGACGUCCAACAGCUCGGCCAACAACAACAGCAGCAACUGCCCUCCUCCACCCUGCGAGCCCCCUGCCAAGGACAGCUGGUGUUACCGCCACAUGAUCACCUUCCGGGGACUCAUGGCUGAGCCCCUGGACUCUGUGCCAUGCGACGAGGCCCAGCUCAGGGACGCCUUGCAGGAGAGGAGGAGCCCGUUGGUCAAGGACUUGCGGCUAGCGCUGCGGGACCAGCCGCUCAUUGAGAACCACAGCUGCUGCUUGGAUCCUGGGCAGCGCAGGACCCUGAGCAAUAAAGAGGACUCUUCCUCCUCCUCCUCCUCUUCCUCCUCCUCCCCCCCCCACGGCCUGGGAGACUGGGAGAGCCGUGACUCACCCGCUUUCGACCUUUUGGAAGACACAGCGCUGGCAGGCGUUUCCGGUUCACAAUGUGCCUCCGGUGCAGCGCUCCCUACAGACUCCUCAGCCGGAGCUGAAGCCCAAACGUGCCUGGAUGAUGCCAGCACAGCAUCGAGACAAGCUGAGAGAGGGGAGGGGAAUCACCAUGCCCAAAUGCCACAGCCAAAGGGUAUGGAUCCAUCAGCGCCUGUUGAUAUGGGACAUGCCGAGGCAGGGGCAGCUUGCCAGCUAUCUGAGAGCACCACUGUGCUGGCUGAGGGGGCAGCCCUCCCGCUAAGUCCUGGGGAGUGGGCUGUCCCGUAUGCCCACACAGAGGGCAACCCUUGUGCAGACUGCACCCAGAUCCCUUCAGAGGCCUCUGAGGCAGCUGGCCAAGUGCCCGGAGACAUUGCAGUGGAGAGUGGGAAGAGCAUCACAAGUGACCUGGACCGGACCCCAGACAAGACCUUCUCCAGCACCAGCUUCCCUGACAUGGAUGACUGCAGCGAUGAAGAUACCGCGGAACUCACGUCUGGUGUCUUCACCGACUUCUCCGGAGACUACGUGGAACGAGUGGACGUGAUCGCAUCCUUCAAGUCGCUCCAGAAGCAGGUGGGGACGCCGGACUCCCUAGAAUCCCUCGACAUCCCAUCCACAGCCAGUUCAUGCGAAGUCUUCAGCCCCACCAGCUACGUCCCCUCCAGCCAGCCCAAGGCCCUGGACAGCGGCUAUGACACCGAGAACUAUGAGUCCCCGGAGUUUGUCCUAAAGGAGCCGCAUGAGCCCAGGGAGCCAGAGACUUUCACCCACCUGGGGAAGUCACCCGUAGGUCUGGCGGUGGGCGAAGGGGACGGCGUGGCCUCAGAGAUGCACCUCUCCUCAUCCUUCAGCGCUGAGCUUCACGGCCUGAGCGAGAAGAACCCGUACCGUGACUCGGCCUACUUCUCAGACUAUGACACCGACGCGGAGAGGUACCUCAAGGAGGAUGAGGACAGCGAUGGGUCUGAAGCCCAGGACAGGGAGGCGGGGUGCUUUCAGCUGGAUGCGCAAGGCCUGGGGAGUUCCCCGAGCCAAAACAGUGAUGGGGAGGAGCCACUCCAGCCCAGCGACACCCCCGACAGCCCUCAGGGAGCUGUGUGCACCAUGGGGACUGGAGCUCCUGGUGUAGGCUUCUCAAUGGCAGGUGAAGUGGUGAGUCCUGGGGAAGGGAGCGUCCAGGCUGUCCACCCAGAGCCAGAGCUGGGAGGUGCCGCCAGGGCUGAGGAGACAGUUGCAGGCCACAGUCCAGACUCGGACAGCUCCAGAGAUACGACCUGGAACAAGUGCCCUUCCAUCCCCAGCAUCCCAGCAGAGUCUGUGCCAUCCAAGUCCUUCUUCCUGUCUCCUGUGGUAACGAGCCCAGAGGGCCCAGCCCUGCUGGUCCUGGCCAAAGCUGGUGAAAAAGAACUCGUGCAGGAGGGGCUCUCAGGCCUGCUGGGUGAGGCUGUGGCUCCUAGCUCUGAGCCUGAGGGGCCGGAGCACCCUUUAGAGGAGCUAGGGGUGCAAGUGGCCCCAGAAAGGGAAGCGCAGGAGGGUCCUGGCAGGGCCCUGGCAGAAGAGCUGUCACUAGCUCAGGGCUGGCAGUUGUCCCUGGACCUCUCUCUGCGGCAGGCCAACGCGGAGCUGCGGCCACCCGGCCCUGAGCGGCGGGAGGAGCCUGAGGACGAGGAGGAGGACACCGAGGACAGCGACGAGUCGGACGAGGAGCUGCGCUGCUACAACAUCCAGGAGCAGAGUGAGGAGAGCGAGGAUGAGCCGGCUGCUGUGCCCAUUGUGGUGGCUGAGAGCCACAGCGCCAGAAACCUGCGCAGCCUGCUCAAGAUGCCGAACCUGCUGUCCCAGACCUUCUGCGAGGACCUGGAGCGGAAGAAGAAGGCUGUGUCCUUCUACGACGAUGUCACCAUCUACCUCUUUGAUCAGGAAAGUCCCACUCGGGAGCUCAGCGACCAGACAUUCCCAGAGGUCACGGCACCUUCGCCGCAGCCCGUGCAGAGCAACAGCACCAGUCCCACAAGCCCGGUGGACAGACUGAGCACAUCGGACGACUCCUCGGAUGGCAACGCCUCUGAAGAGAGCGGUGGAUUCGAGUGGGAUGAUGACUUUCCACUCAUGCCCGUGAAGUCAUCGUUAAUGUCCUCACUGACGGUGACGCCGGUGAUGCCGGUCUCGGCCGUCCCCAGCCUUCCCUCGCUGGUCCCAGUCCAGAAGCAGGUGCCACCGAUCCAGUUCUCCCGGUUCACCGUGUCUCCUGCGCCGGUGUCCAGGUUCUCCAUCACACACGUCUCUGACUCGGACAUAGAGUCCGUAGGAGGCAGCAGUGAAGACGGUGACAGAGAAUGAGCCUGCCCACAUGGUUGCUUGGACGUCUCCUGGUGUCGGUGUCGGCCUCGGGGCCAAGGAGAGAGGCUGAAGGACGGGAGCCGGGCGCAGGCCCCGGGCUCCUGGGACCUUGCUCUAUUUUUCUAGGCAGAUUUUAUCGGAAGGAUUUUGUUUGCUGCUAGCCGGAAUCGCGCCCGGUGGCGCUGCAGCGAGGCGGUUGGUGAUGACCGUGCGUUUGCGUGGGUGGGUGGGUGCGUGUAUAAAUAUACAUAUAUAAAUUAUAGCAUUUAAAGGGUAGCGCUGUGACCUUGCUAACAUCACUGAGUCUCCACCUUGGCCAUUUUGCGACCCAGCAGCUCACACCUCGUGGCGUCGUGCUCCCCUCUCCCCCGGCUUCCUGAGAAGAGUCCAGACUCACCUGUCGGUGAUGGCUGCCCUGUUCCUGUGCUCUCCGGGCUGCCUGACAUGUAAGGAGCUUGGCAUUCCUGCACUUUCACGUCAGUAGAUGGGAGGGGCACUCCACCCAUGCUCUCUGCUGCACGGGCACUUGGCUUUUUGGUCACACAGGGCACUGCCCGUCUUUGGUUAUGGUCUUCCUCCUUGCUGCUGGGUGUUUGUAAUCUCUCACUCGCCUCUCCUCUAAGCACUGUUCUGCCGCCUGCGUCUGGAGCUGUUGGGAGAGGAGGGCUCAGGACGGUUACAGCCGAGGUCAGGAAGGAGCAGUAGCUACGGCAGUGGCAGCGCAGUCCUAGCACAGAUAGUCCAUGUGCCUUGGCUUGGGAAAGAGCUGUGGCAAAGCGGGGGAGACGGCCUGGGUGGAGACCAAACGCCCAUGCCCUAGGCUGAUCACUGCUGAUUAGAGGAAGCUCUUGACAUUUAUUUCUCUGUGAUUUACUUUUCCAGAACUCUCUUGCUAACAGCGCUUGCCCUUUGCCGCCGAUCUCCGGCUCCCCCGCAGGGCAUCUGGUAAGAGCCCCCUAGGAGCUGGGAGCAGCUCAGUAAGAGCAGUUUGUUUGCCCUGUCCUCCCAGCUCCCUGCUGGCGUGUUCCCCCACCUGCUUUUCUCCCAGCUGUGUCCUCCCUGUGUGGGGCCCUCCCUGUCUUCUAGUGUCACUGGAGCCCAGGUGCGGCACCUGCCUGCCCCAGAAUUAUAGCUGAGUAGACUGGUACAGGCCAAGGGCAGGGCUGGGCUGGGAUUCCCAGCUUGGCCACUCACUCCCUUGACUCCUCUGGGGCCUUAGGUAAGUCACUGAGCCUCCCUGCCCCCGUUUCCCCAGCUGUAAAAUGGGGAUAAUACUUGCUUGCCCUGCCUUGCAAGAGGUGAUGUGAGGAUGGCAGCCUUAAUGCCUAGCAAGUGCUCUGGGAAGUGCUAAGUAGUAUUAUCUGGCCAUGUUUCAUCCCUGAGGGAGAGCUGUACCCUAAGGUGUUUGUGUUUGCUACACAGCAGGGUUUUCCCAUAUGCCCACGCUCCUUUCGCACCUGUAAGUGGAGCCUUCUUGGCAUCGCACCCUGUGCAAUGGAGGGCAAGGCCAGGGAGUGGGAGCCCAGUGCUCUCCUUGGUAAUGGGGCUGGCAGCAUGGUGCCUGGCGCCAACGGGCAAGGCCUUCAGGGGCGGUUUUGUGCCAGACUGCCAGGCAUCCCAGCAGAUGGUGCGUGUCGGGAGAGCUGGUAGCCGUGUGCUGCCGGGAGGCGUCAGGUGUGUAGCUAAGCAGAGGAACUGCCAGCUGUACUAUUUUUGUAAAACUGAACAAACCUGCUGUCGACUGAACUAACUCCAAUGUGCUGUAAGUUAUUGUUGCCAAAGAGAUGUAAAGAGUUUAUCGAGGGGUGAGGUCUCUGUUGUUUUUUAUUUUUAUUAGUUCGAGGCUUAGGAUAAUUGUGCAAUUCUGCCUUCCCGAAGGAAAAGAGACUAAAUGGAGCAGAGAGCAGCCUCGAAAUCAGGGGGUUGUUUCCUUUUGAGCCUAUAGACCAAAUGCUGAGGUGAGAAAUCAGCCCCCCCGUCACUGUCCUUGCCUGCCUGCCGACUUUGGGGAGGUGGGGGUGUGUGCGUGUGGCAGCUCUCUUUGAAUUUGCUUUGCUUUCGCUCCUGUUGGGCCUGGGCAGUGCUGUGCGUUUGGCAGAGAUUAAGAGGCAGCAAAGCAGGCACCGUGCUCAGCCCCCCCACCCUGCCCACACCCCCACCCCCACCCCCAUGUGAUGCUGGCAAAGCCGCUGGCGCUCACGUCCAUCUGCGUUUCGCUGUUGGAUUGUGACUGGGGCAUGGAAAGCACUUUAACCUCUCCCUCCAUCUCCCCCUCCCCACCCUCCUAGCGCUGUUUGCCUCCCGCUGCUCCUGGCUGGGUUAGUUCACCUGGCAGUGUCCCGGCACCCUGCAUGGCCUGUCCCCUCUGGAGUGACACUGCUGGGGCGAUGCAUGGCUCCCCUGCAGGGCAUGGGAGCUUCAGUAGGCUGGCAGGGUCAGGCUGAGGUCCCGGGCCCUGUUUCGCUCUGGUGCGAGGGAUAGCAGGGACUGCCCUUUGCACAGUCACCGUUUGGAUGGGCGGUGGGAGCUCUGCAAGUGCCACUCGGCCCUAAGCUGCUGUGCCUUGCCUCCCGCCCCGCUCACUCAGCCCAGCAUGUUCUGCCAGGCCGUGGGUUGGACUAGCAGCCUCAGCCCCUCCUGUUACGUGGGGCACGGGGGUUGCUGGAUGCACAUAUAUGUGGAUGUGCAGCCCCGAUCCCAGUGACCGUUCCUUUGGGCCCUGUAUGGGCCAGCCCAGAGACCGGGCCCUCGGCUUUGGCUGGGAGGGUGCAGGUACGGCCCUGCACAGAAUACACUCCCCGCCCACCUGCCAUGUGGGGCUCUGACCGGCAGAGGCCCUGGCACCAUCCCUCUGCACUAAUGGUGACUGCACCCAUAGUCAAGGGCCACAGGCUACUCUCGCCGUGUGCAGCAAAUCGUUCCGGUUAGUGGGCUUGACUUCUCCACGCUGGGAUGGGCCCUUGUUCCAAGCCCUCGCGUCACUAGACCAGUUACUAGUGUAGAGACUUAGCAUUGGCCCCUCUUAUUUGGCUCCAUGCUAAGGGCCCAAGCUGCACUGCUCCUGGCCCCACCUCGUUCUCCUGGCCCUCCUCCGGCCCCUCUGCCCCAGGUGCUGGGAGUGUAAUGAGCACUGCCCAGAGGCUCCAGAUGGAGCCACCCCCAUGGACUUCCAGUAGGGCAUUAGCGCAGGAGCUCUCACCCUCCCCGCUGACAACACAAAUUACCGCACGCCCCCGGGAGGGGGAGCGGAGCCCGCGCCCAAGCCCUGCCACCCGGGGCGGGAGGGGGGGAGUGGGGCAACGCUUGAGGGUUUCAGCCCCGAGCCCCACCAAGUCUAAUGCCGGCCCUGGCGACCCCAUUAAAAUGGGGUUACAACCCAUGUUGGGGUCCUGACCCACAGUUUACUACCCGCGGCAUCGGAGUCUGAGCCCUGCUGCUCUAGCCUGGGCCUGACGCAGCCUGCCGGGGUGCUAGCAGAGCUGGCCAGGGGGCUGCUGUCACCGACGCCCGGCGCCCUGGGCUCAGUUGCUCCAAUUACUCUGGCACCCAGCGAACUGCACGGGGCCUUUAAUGUUUUUUGCUGCCAAUGUGCAUUCCAGCCCCUUGCCUUUGUCAGCUUGUUCCCCUGGUUUGUGUAGGUCUCAUUCACACUCCUCUCCCGUCUUGACUAAAGAACCUCACGUCAGCGGCACAGUUUUCUACCUCCCUGCUCACACCCACCCCCUCGCCUGCUUGUUAAAAUCUUACACCUCACCGGCCGCAGGAGCGUGCUGUCAGGCCCCCUGCUGGUACCUGCGUGCCGUGAUGCACAGCUGCUCUUUGCGGGCAGGUGCCUCGCCAGGUUUUGUGCCAUGACAACACUUUGCUGCUCACACAUCAGGACCUCUCCCCCAAGCAUCUAGCAGCCCCGUGUGUAGGACCUUGUCAAAGGCCAUUUGAAAGUGGAACUAAAUGGUCACCUCUGGACAUGUUCAGUGAAUGCCAGAGCUAACUGCAGCCUCAAAGCACUGAGCAGCUGUGUUGCUCCUGGCCCUUGCCUUGGUCAGAAACCGCUGGAGCACCAGCGGCCGAGUGCAGCAUUAGCAGCUCCAUUUAUUGUCUAGCAAUAUUGACUCACGUGCCAGCAGCCCUCUGUAAGCAGGACUGCACUGUAGUUGAUGGGCUCUCUCCUCCUUGCUGCUCCUGCCCCCUCGCUUCCUCCACUCAAGCAGCUUACUGCAAUUCAGUGCUUCACGUGGGCGUGAAGUGGUGCAGGAGCCACUGGCUGCCUUGCACGGGGGACGACGUAGGCGGAAUAACAGUGAAAAGACUCAUCAGCCAUUAGCUUUGCCUGAGGACCCUUUAUUCAGCACACGGUCUUGCCAUGUGCUGCUCUUAAAUAUUCAUCAAGGCUGGAACAGCUAAGGUGACUGCAAAGCCGGAGAGCGGGGAUGGAUUAAAGCACCGAUGAACAUUAAGCCGGUGGUUUCUUGCACUGUCAGCUUGGUGUGGUGUUUAACGACCAGGGCCUCACCUCCUAGCCAGGGUGAUGGGCCCAGCCUUCAAGGCAUCUUCUGCUGCCCCAACUGAUGCUGGCUUUGCUCAUAGGGUCUUGUCACCUGCUCACACUCCCUUUGCAGACAAGCAGGGCCUAGCGCACCUGUAUUCCCCUGGCUAGCAGCACCUGUAUUCCUCAGGCUGCAGCCUGACUCUCCUGGCCUUUUGGGCUUUAAUCCUGCAGCUGCCCCAUGAGCCAUUUGUAUUUUAACCCUUUUUUUAAACUUCUUUCCUGGUUCGCUUGUUUGCUCACCCAUGUAAGGCUGCCCCUGGAGCACUGACAGCCUGUGUAUGUUAGCAGUAGCCUUCUCACACCCACCUCCCCCACAGGGCACCUGGCAGGGUGGUGCAGCAAGCACGUGCCUUGCUUACCAUUUGCACAAGUCUCCUCCCUGCUAGCAGAGAGCAGAGGCAAGCUGAAGAGGAGCUAAAAUCCCCUCCUGCUGUGUGAUCCCACCCUGACUAGGCCCUUCAGGGACAACCCCAGCUGGUUAGUUACUGCCUAGACCAGGGCACUGCUUUAGCUGCAAGCUGCCUCCUGCUGCUUCUCUUCCCCUGGAGGAGUAAAUCUUUUGAAUUAGUGUCCCCUCAAGACACAGCUCACAGGCGGGGGGCUGUGCGAGGCAAAGCACUGGGGGAUGUAUUGAAGGAGCUGUUUUGGGGUGUGGGAGCCCCAUGGCAUAGAACAGGGGCAGCAAAGAUCAGCCCCAGGGGAGCUCCCAGAGUAACCAGCUGCCCAUGCGCUCUUCCCCAGCCAGGCACUGGAGGGUUUCUUCCAGCAUUCGGUAAGGUUUGCACUACGGUGGCUGUUAGCAGCAGCCUGCCAAGGCCCUGCUCUGCAGAGCAACAUGCCACUGGCUGUAUAGGCCUGAAAGGUGCCCAAGGCCAAAGCAUGGUCCCGGGGGGAGGUUAGCUAAUAACUGUGCUGGGAGCAGCCUGAGCGAGGCAGGAACCAUUAAUCCCUUUUCAUCUCCCCUUCCUUCCUUGUGGCUAUGGGGAAAGCAAAGGGCAGAGCCCCAGGGUUUGGUCUAUAGAGUCAAAAGCACCUGCCUCUGGGGCAGGAUGAGGCCAGAGCUGCAUCUUGGCUAUUUUUUUUAAAUCUAAAGGCUAUUAUUACAUUGUAUAUUUUAUCAAUACGGGUCAUAAUUGCUGUAUUUUUUAUCAGUGCGGAUUUCCAUACAGCUCCCAGCAUGUGUGUCAAAUAUCAUUGGGCCAAUAAUAAAGUUUUUAAA